AAAACGCUGAUUUUGUAUCAGCCGUGCUCAGUGGUCAUACAUAAUGAAAGGAAUCGUUUUAAUUUUCUUCGCUGCAAGCCUUGCGCUCGUCGAGCCACAUGGCUUCCUUCGAACUCCCCUUGCCAGAACGUCGAUUUUCCGACAGCCAAGUUUCGGCGCCCAACAACCGUUUUGGUGGGAUGAUACUGGAGUAUGGUGUGGAAAUGUCCAGCAAGAUAUAAAUUUCUCGACGUGUGGCCGAUGUGGUGACGCCCCAGGAAACACGCAUGCCAACCAAGGAGGCAGAUACGAUAAAGGAAUCAUUACAGCUACCUAUAAUGCCGGAGCCAGAAUCCGUGUUGAGGCCCAACUCGAUGCUGCGCACCAGGGCUUCUUCCAUUUGGAACUGUGUGCCCAACAAACGGAGAACAAUAACUGUUUCCAACGGCUUCCUGUUCUUGCAUCAAACAAUCAAGUCAGAGACGGAACAGCAUGUGUUACAAUGGCCUCUCAAACUAUUUGGGCUGAAAUUCAAUUGCCAGCUGGUGUCAGAUGUAAUAGAUGUACUCUCAGAUGGACGUACAGAACCGCUUAUCCUCCAGCCCCCAAUACGUGCUUCAAUCCCAACCCUGCCCAGACAUUCAGAAACUGUGCUGAUAUCCGCAUUCAGUAAUUGUCGCCGUGCAGAUGGCAAAUUUAAUUUGGCAAAAUUGGUCAACCACUUUUAUUCGCAUUAAAAAAAACUAA